GAAACAAUGACGUCAUUAUUUAAUAGCUCAUCGGUUAUUGGUCCGCCCCUGAGGUUAAACUUAAAAGCCCAGGUUACCCGCGGAAAUCCUUACUGUAUGAUCACAGUGACGAUGCAGCUGAGGAGUACAGAACGUCAGCUGGGCUGUGCGCUUGCGCUUUGCUUCUUGGCGUUGAUUCCCUGGGGUAUCCCUAGGGCCAGAGCACUGGACAAUGGCUUGGCUAUAACGCCUACCAUGGGCUGGCUGCACUGGGAGCGCUUCAUGUGCAACCUUGACUGCCAGGAAGAGCCGGAUUCCUGCAUCAGUGAGCAGCUCUUCAUGCAGAUGGCAGAGCUCAUGGUCUCAGAUGGCUGGAAGGAUGCAGGUUAUGAGUAUCUCUGCAUUGACGACUGUUGGAUGGCUCCCCAAAGAGAUUCAGAAGGCAGACUUCAGGCAGACCCUCAGCGCUUUCCUGGUGGGAUCCGCCACCUAGCUAAUUAUGUCCAUAGCAAAGGACUGAAGCUAGGGAUUUAUGCAGAUGUUGGAAAUAAAACCUGCGCAGGCUUUCCUGGCAGUUUUGGAUACUAUGACAUUGAUGCCCAGACAUUUGCUGACUGGGGAGUAGAUCUGCUAAAAUUUGAUGGUUGUCACUGUGACAGUAUACAACAUUUGACAGAUGGUUACAAGUACAUGUCCUUGGCCCUGAACAAGACUGGCAGAAGCAUUGUGUACUCCUGUGAGUGGCCCCUUUAUAUGUCGCCCCUUAAAAAGCCCAAUUAUGAAGAAAUCCGACAGUACUGUAAUCACUGGAGAAGUUUUGCUGACAUUUCUGAUUCCUGGCAAAGUGUGAAGAGUAUUUUGGACUGGACAUCUUCUCACCAAGAGAGAAUUGUUCAUGUUGCUGGACCAGGGGGUUGGAAUGACCCAGAUAUGUUAGUAAUUGGCAACUUUGGCCUCAGCUGGGAUCAGCAAGUAACUCAGAUGGCCCUCUGGGCUAUCAUGGCAGCUCCUUUACUCAUGUCUAAUGACCUCCGAAACAUCAGCCCUCAAGCCAAAGCUCUGCUUCAGUAUAAGGAUGUAAUUGCCAUCAACCAGGACCCCUUGGGCAAGCAGGGGUACCAGCUUAGAAAGGCUAGCAACUUCGAAGUGUGGGAACGACCUCUCGCAGACUUAGCCUGGGCCAUAGCUGUAAUAAACCGUCAGGAGAUUGGUGGACCUCGCUCUUAUACCAUCUCAAUUGUUUCCCUGGGUCGAGGAGUGGCCUGUAAUCCCGCCUGCCACAUCACACAGCUCCUUCCUGUGAAAAGGGAGCUUGGAUUCUAUGAAUGGACUUCAGAGUUAAAAAUUCGAAUAAAUCCCACAGGCACUGUUUUGCUUCGGGUAGAAAAGAGAAGCCACACAUCAAAAUCCUUAAUUUAAAA